AUGGAGAAAAUUGCCAAAAAAGGAUUCAUCCCCGAAGAGGAACUGGUGACAAUUAUCAUUGAUAAUAUGGGUGAUGCGAGCAACACAAGCGCGAUGCGCUAUUCAGCCAACAACGUGGAAGAACUGAAAACGAUGUUGGUCAAGUACGAACAAUUUCGUAUGUUAAAAGCGCCUGGCCCUUCUACACGCGUUAACAACCAACAAGCAUCCACCACCGGCCCAGAAGUCCUCGCUUUAGAUACCCGUUGCUUCAACUGUUCGGCUUUUGGUCAUCUUCGUGACAAAUGUCCUAAGCCCCCUCGUCCACCAGGUUCCUGCUUCCGAUGCCAUCAGACGACUCAUGUCUAUAAGGACUGUCCUGAACGGAAGAAAACAGCGAGCGCAGCGAUUUUUGCAGCCGACGCCGAUUCAGUUACGAAAUUGCAAGAAACACAAGAGGAAGUCCAGCAAGCUUCAUCGAUGAAUCUAUGGCCCCAAGAUCCUGCCUAAAAGCUUUGACAUCGUCAAUAUAUUGUGGACUAGGGAAUAAAGUCCUUCAGACGCAUGGGCAGCUGCAGUGCCGCAUUAAAUUUA